UCAACGUUCUUCCAGAGUUUUCUUGAGACAGUGUUGCCCUGUUUUUCUGUAAACAGGUAUGAGAUGGGAAACCAGAAUAACAGGACUCAAGAGAUGGAUACAGAUGAACAAAAGGAACAUGGCUUAAGACCUGCUUUAAAAGAGAAGGAAACUAAAGCCUUCCAACAAAGGACCCCAGAGAUGGACACAGAUGAACAAAAGGAACAUGACUUAAGAUCUUCGCUGAGGCAAAAGGAAAAAGAAACUGAAGACCUCAAGCAAAGGAUUGAACAGAUUGAAGCUGAAAAAGAAGCUGCUCUAAAAGAAAAGGAAAAGGAAACUGAAGCCCUCAAGCAAAGAGUACAGGAGAUGGAGGCAGGACUUCAAAGAACAAGAUCUGACGCAGAAGAAAAAGAGGAACAACUAAAAUCAUUCAAGGACAGAGUGGCAGGGGAUGUUGCUCUGUCAAUCAAAACAGGGGAAACGAUGAGCCUUAACUCCCCUGUUAAUAAGAACAGAUUGACAGAGAUGUAUGACACCCUGAGAUGUGACUGGCCAAAAAUGAAAAAAUGUUUUAAAUCAAACCAAAUCCCUCCAGACUCUGUCAAAGAACUGAUCCAGACAAAGUUCAGGGAGGCAAAAGCUGAAAUGAAAGAGAGGAAAAUGUUGAUCAAUAAAGUGUUUCGAUCAAAUGGUGGAGCUGCAGCACAAAUGGCAGAACAGUACAGAAAGUUAACAAUCCAGAACCUGCAACUGACUCUCUACCACGAAAAAAAUGAUGCUGGUUCAAAGAAGCCCUUUCUUGGAAAUACAGCAGAAAAUCCUCAGGAUCUGAUGGCGUAUUUGGGCACUGAAUGUUAUUGGCUGGGUUGCCUGAUGGCUUUGAACAGCCCCCCUCUUCAACCUGACUGGGAGAAUCACCCCCAGUCCAUGGACAAAUGGGACUUUUUCCCAAAAUACGUCACAACUGCUUCUGAAAAUGAGUGAAAACAAAAUAAUCACAAAUCAAUGUCAAUUUACAUAGCUAUAAACUUGUGGAAAUCCCUUAACAUGAAACUUUAAAAUUGUAUCACAAUUUUUAUUUUAUUUAAAAAUGAAUAUGUAUGUUCAUAAAAAAAAGAAGAAAUUGUAUAGGUCCUCUAGACAGGUUUGUCUUUGUUAAAACAUUAUGUCUCUUCUCUAAGAGACUUCUUCAGUGUGAAGAGUUCUAAGCAGUUCCUUUGCAAAGGCAUGUUUAUGAUAAACACUCCUUUAGUUAAAGGAGUUCUAAGUAAGAAAUCUACAGUAAAAAUCAACCUAAAUCAUUAUCAUUGGUCACCUGGGAUUUAACUAACAUUCCCUAUAAACAAUCAGUCCUCUCCAUCAACCAUGAAUUAGUCAACUUUUUCUUCUUUCAAACCUAGAGGCAAUGUCUGGAACUACUUCCUUGUUUCUCAGCCAAUCGUAUGAGAGUUCCCAGCACAGAGCGCAGCCUUUGGUAUUUUAUCUUAGCGAAAGAGCAGCAGCCUGCUAACAUAGAU